AUGUGAAAUAUUGCAUGUGUCCGGUGAAAAGUUUGACAAGUAACCGUAUUUAAAACGUAGAGAAGAUCGAUUCAGCAGUAAAAGAAUUUAUAUCACUUAAAAAUAGGACAGGGAAUUAAAUAUAGUAGCACACACACAGGCAACUGCUACGCGUACUUUAGUUAUUUAACGGCAAAAUGGGGUUGUUUCUUUCAAAACUUAGUAAAUUGUUCGAGGAUUGGGGUACUUCGCAGGCGAGAAUCUUAAUGCUUGGAUUGGAUGCAGCUGGAAAGACAACAGUACUCUACAAGAUCAAACUGAAUGAAACAGUAGCAACUAUCCCAACAAUAGGAUUCAAUGUAGAAACUGUAACACCUGUGAAGGGCCUCACAUUUACUGUAUGGGAUGUCGGCGGCCAGGAUAAAAUCAGACCACUAUGGAGACACUAAUUCCAAAACACUUAAGGUCUGGUGUAUGUCGUAGACAGCGCGAAUCUGAAAAGAUUGUCAGAGGCCAGGGAAGAACUGUUCGGUAUUCUAGAAAGCGACGAGAUGAGAGGCGUACCCGUCUGCAUUAUAGCGAACAAACAAGAUCUCCCAAAUGCUCUGAAUCCACCGAAAGUUAUUGAUGAACUAAACUUACACAGUCUCACUGGGCGGAAGUGGUAUAUUCAAGCUGCUUGCGCAACUACAGGAGAAGGUAUUUACGAGGGAAUGCAACAGUUAGCUUCAAUGGUGAAAGAAUUUAAGAAAGGACACCGAAUUAUAUCAGUCAAUUAAAUAAUAAAAACUCGCCGAGUAAGCAGGCUGAACUCGGUUAAUAAUGGUUCCGGAAUGACGAAUCUCGGCUCAAGCUGUAAAAGCAAAAUGUAAAAUGCCAUAAAAUUGGUAGAAUAGACCAUACGUCACAACGGUACAUAACUGACUCUUGGGUUUGUGCAAUAUUUUACUGAAUAGUGUAUGCUUAAGAAUUUUGCCUCUUGACACGUGAAGACUUUCUUAUGGCCUAUAUCCGUUAGAUAAUGUAACGGCACAAUCAAAUCGAGAUAUCCAAACAAAGUGACUUUAACGUAUUUUUAUUCAUAUCAUGAAAAUAUCAUACCUGUACAUGUGUUCAUAAUUCAUUAUAUUGUCCAGACAAUUUGUUAGUAUAAGCCUUCGGUUUUAAUGUAAAUUAUUGUAAAUAUGUAAAUAUUAACCUUUUGAUAUUUAUUCUAUUGUAGAUAUGUAAAUUUUAAAAUUUAUGUAAAAUUUUGUAUUUUUGAUAGUUACUGAUACACACGAAUUUGAUAGUGUUGUUUUUGUAAUAUACAGUUUAAAAUUUCUUUUGCAUUUCUUUUCAAUUCAAAUGCAUGACCACGGUCAAGAAGACAAGUUCCACGUUUGAACAUUCUCUAAGACAUUGAAAGGAAUGAAUAAAGGAUAAAUAAAAGAUAUAUUCAGAAAAAAAGAAACAUUAUUGUUUCGGUUAUGGAUAAUUAAACAUGACAUAAUGGCGCCAUGCAAGACGCAAUGACAGUAUACUAUAAUUAACAUUACUAUUAGUGGGAAGGACCCUUGAUACGUCUUUGUAACACAUUUUAAAUGGUAAACAUGUAACUGGAUGUACUAAAAUUUAAAAGAGCGCACUUUUUGGUAGUAUCUGCCGCAACUAGAAAAACACGUGCAACUCGUUUUACUUUACCUAAAAUCAUACAUUUCCGUAGGUCUCUAUGCAUUUUGUUAGGUGAUGUUACCAUAGCUAUAUACGUUCUUUAGUUCUUUAUCCUUGCUUCUGACCCAGAUAACACCUUAUGAACUGGCCAAACUACAUUAUUAAUUCACCUAACAAGGAACCGCAUUAUGGAUUUGGG